AUGGGAGGCGGCAAGCGACGUGCUCUCAAGAAGCUGCUCAACAAGCAGCAGAACAGCGAGUCACCAUCUCCGUACGACACACCGAUCAGCAGCGAGCCGCUCGACAUUGACGCGAUCCUCGCCGGUGACGAUUCGACGUCCGCUCCACCGUCACCAGAACAGGCCAAGGCCAAGACCAUCCCCGUCCCCCCAUCCCCUCAGUCGACCACCAACGGCGCCGCCGUCCCCGGCGGAAAUGCGAGCCCCGCCCCAUCGCAGGCCAGCGCGCCGGCAGCCUUAGGUGGAGGCGGAAUGUAUGGUUCCGGACAUGGAAUCUUUGGCGGACAGCAGGGCGGACGAGGCGGAAAGAAGAGCUCGAAGCAGAGGUUUGCGGAGAGACAGUGUCACGUCGCCGGAAGGCAUGUGCGCAGACAGCACAACAAAGUCCAUGACUGUAUUGUGACCAUCGCUCUCCUCCCACCUCCAAUGGUCGCCAAGCUCUGGCGCAUCGGCGUGCCGUACGUGCGCGAGCUUCGAGACGCUGUUCUCCAACCGCUGCGGCCAAAUGGAGCUCGCAAGCAACAGGCCCUGCUGGAGUCUGCGCCCCCGGCGGACCCGAGCUGGAACGCUCAGCUUGAGGCCGAGCGUCAGGAGGAGAUCCGCGUCAUCAGCAAUGCGUGCGGAGUGCUCGGUCGAUCGAUCUACGAGGUCCAGCCCGACGGACAUUGCAUGUAUGCCGCCGUUGCCGAUCAGCUCGGCCAGAUGGGAGUGCUGCCGGCGGAGCAGGCGAACAACCCGUACCACACGCGCCGGACCGCUGCCAAGUACAUGCGCGAGCACCAGGACGACUUCCUUCCGUUCCUCGCGAGCGUUGAUGGCGAGGACAUGCCGGGUGCCACUGACGACGGCAUCAUGACGCCGGAGCAGUACAGGGAGUACUGUCACCGUGUGGAGAGCACUGCGGAGUGGGGUGGCGAGCCCGAGGCUCUCUCGCGGGCGUUCAACAUCCCGAUCCACGUCAUUCAGUGCGGGCCGCCGGUCGUCGUGUCGCACGGCGGGCAGAACGAUGCGUUCGGUGGAGCGACGACGCCGGAAGAGAGCGCGGCGCUCGGCGACGGUGUCGUUCGUAUCUCGUACCACCGGAGGAUGUACGGUCUUGGCGAGGUGCAGCGGUGGUUGGACAGGGAGGCAGCGCAUGACGCCGAGUGUGCUUGGACUUCACCACAUCCAGCACAGCACGCUGCACCGCACCAAGCAGUGCAGAAGCUCCAGCGCAUGCUCCAGAAGAGAGGACACAAGCAACACGGAGGAUCCAUGUGGCCGACUAUCUUUGUCGUUGUCGUCUUCGCCGCCGCCGCGGGCGCGUGGUACUACUACCGCAAGAGGAGGGAGGAGACUGUGCUGCCGCUUCACGGUAUUCGCGCUCCCCUGCGGCUUUCAACAGAUGACGACGGGCCACCGGCCGAGACGUUUAUCCAGAAUUCGGACAGCACCGACAGCCUCCCCGCCCUCGCGGCCGGAGACGUCCCGUACCUUCCCCGCGCGCAGGAGGAGGCAGAGGCAGCCCAGGCGUCCAAGUUGCGCAGCCUCAGCGUCAGCCCUCACCCGCACUCUCACUCGUCUCGCUCCUCGCCGGCCCCCGGCAACAAGCCGUACACUGACGCUGGCGGGAAUCAGAGCGAGGACCCGCUGGGCGUCUCUGUCAACUCGUCUGGGAAGCGCAGAAAGUCCAAGUCGUCUGAUCCUGGCAGCGACUCUGACGGCGAGGGCGACGGCACGAACGUGUUCAGCAUAGCGGAUGAUGAUGACGAGUAA